ACACACACACACACACACACACACACACACAUACACACACAUGCCAAACCGUUCAUGGUCUGAAUUACUUGUUGGCCCACUUCGCACCCUUGGACGACUUGCUCCUCUACGGAUACUGGAGCUAAGGUUUGAUUUUAUCCUUCAAGACCGAUCUAGUAUCACCCAUGUCCUUUCUCGCUACUGUAAUCCCUUGGGCCUUUUGGGACCAAGACCUCUUGUCCAUACAUAGCCUGGGCUGAGUCCGUCCUUUCCAUAUCACGUAUAUCAUCAUCAUCUACCGCAUCUCCUUCGACUGUGGACUCUUAAUUAAGAAACAAACAUCCCGCAACCUCUCCCACCUUCAUCAUCUCUAUUCACCACAACACAAUACUUGUCCGGCACCUACUACACAUACACACAAACAUACACAUACGCACACAUCAAUCAAGAUGAUGCCCACACUUAUGGGAGGCGUCCUCCCCGGGCCUGUUCGCACACCCUAUCACACCGACAUCUUUCUGGACGACUUGUCGAGACAAAUGGCUCUCUCCCAGGCGUCACGGAGGCUAUCUCGAGGCUCCAACGGACAACGCAACGCAGGAGCCAUGCGUGUAGCCAAGCCUACCAGCGCCAGCAACAGCCCAAGGUCAGCAGCAGCCAUGCAGGCAAGGAGGAGGACUGUGGUCAACGAGGGAAAUCUGGCGAGGCGGAGGCAGCAGCCCAUGGACCAAGUCCCGAUGCCCGACUAUGGAUCUCAGUCACGACCCAGUCGUCCCCUUAGCUGGCACCCUUCGACCUUACAACAACAGAAGAUGGCCGUCCCUCAGAGCAUGGCACAGUACCCAUUCCCUCCUGUCACGUCGGCGUACGAUACGGACAGCUAUCACGUAUACCAGCAAUUCCCGCCAACACCGGCAGCCUACUCGUGCAAUACCUCACCUGUUGCCUCAUUCUCUCCUCUAUCACUCCCUUUUGGAGGAUAUGAUGGAUCCAACUAUCUGCCUGUCGAAGGCUGGAACGUACCUCACCAAGCCCCGCCGGCCUAUGUCUCCUCAGACAACACUGGCUACACUGAGCCAUUCCCAUCUCUUCCAACUACGCUCCCGGAUCUUACGCCGUCUUCCACCUCGACACAAUGGAACUCUCACCACAUGCACGGCUUCACUAGCACUUCCCCGCCCACCCCCGAAACGCUGCCGCAGGCCCAGCAGCCCCAACCUAUUGUGCCGAAUGAGGACACUAUCCCUUAUCAACCCCUUGACGAGCCCGAGGAAGAGGGAGAGAUCCUCGUGGGCAUGGGACUCUAUGACGCCCCCGACAAGUACGAUCAGGACCCGCAACUCGACACAUCUCGCUCUGCCAUGUCCUCGCUGCUGGGCGCCUCUUUCCGCCCUCUGGAGGGUACGGGCAAGGGCCUGAAGCUUGAGGAGUCGUGGCAGCCUCCCGAGAGCGAUGACGAGGAUGAGGAUGAGCAGGACGACGCCGAUGGCGAAGACUCGGAUUAAUGACACGAACAAGAAAAAAAGGACAACUCUUACACACAUUACAACACCAGCGCAAGCGUUUGAUGAUUUUACGACGAAAACCUGUAGACUAUGUAUGAUAUCAAGAAGAUGUCCCAUCAAAAAAUCGGGCUUGGGGUAUUUUUGGGGGCUAUGGAGCAUCAGUACAUCUGUUCCCUCAUGUCGAAGAAGGGAGGAAGGUGAAGGAAAAGGCAAAAUACCCAGAGAUAGAAGCAUGGGCCAAAUCUGUGGCCCAGGCGUCGCAAAAGGCAAAGGCCCAUGAAAGCGCCUAGAAAGCGCCUAGAUAGAAACAAUCAAAACGCAUGAAGCGAAAAACAAAUAUUUGCCUGUCCCUUUGCCCUUCCACGUUAAGCAAUCAAUGAUACCAGCCGCCACGCGGUUGAUCAUCACAACCUACAACACUUGCACCAACACGACAGAGA